GGACAUUUUUUCCCCAUGGAGGAGCUGGGGAUAGUGACACAGAGAUUCCUUGCUUCACUGAAAAUUCUGGCCUGUGCGCUGGGGUUUGGGAAAGCAGAGAUGGGCUGCUUUUCUCAUCACUUCCUCUCUGCCAUUAACAGGAAUCCCAAAGAGACCUCAUUAGACUGCCAUGCUUUGGGCACAGGGUAUGGGGAGAGGGCUGUGGAGAAAGCCUCCCUCUGCCGUCACUACCUCCUGAGAUGCCCCCGAGGACUCGGUGGUGGCAACCCUGAGGACAUGGAUAGACUAUAUUUUGGUGGUGGUCCCAAGGGGGACGAGGACAGAUUCCAAUAUGACUAUUCCACUGUCCGAAAUGGAGGCCUGAUUUUUGCUGGCUUGGCAUUCAUUGUGGGACUGAUGAUCAUCCUGGGCAAAAGACUUCGCUGUGGGGGCAAGAAGAAACGUCGGCAAAUCAAUGAAGAUGAACUUUAAGUACAGAGCCAAUCACAUCCUUCCACAAGACCUCUGAUAUGUUUCCCCUGACAAGGAUGAGUUGUGGCCGAUUUGGAGGUUUCUUCAGUGCCUGCUGUCAUUUAUGCCUUUUCUACUGGAACUCUCCCCAAGGCCAAGGCUUUUGGCUUUGUGAUCUGUAUCACUGGUCCCCCUGCCUCCCUAGGCCUCUGCACUAAUAAUAAAGCUGGCUUGUGAGAGGGCA